AAAUAGUUUUUGUUUCAAGGUGAGUUUGUUUAAUACUGUCAUGUGCUUGGGUGUCUCCAAAGCACUUUCUUCAAGACAAAGUAGAAUAGGAAUGGCUGACAGGAUGCAGAAAGCCUGUACUUCUGGAUUUCUUCGUUCCUAAGUCCCUUUCAGGUUGCUGGGUUAGUGUAACAGAUAGAUACAGGCAUCUGCAGAUGCACUCUGUUCUGGAGAGCUGGGUGCCCAGCUCUCAUCCUGAGGUCUCUUGUGGGGCUGGGGAAACCUGCCAAGGCUCGGUGCCCCCCGUCUUGAGUGGUUCCCUGAAUUCCCAGAACAGUGCUCUCGUGAGGAAAAUGCUCUUCAUGUAUCCAGUGGGAAGCUGGCUCCAGCCUGUUUACAUAUUUUAGCUGAUGUGACAUGUGGCUAAAAACAGAUAACACAGGAAAACAGCAUCUUGAUUGCUGGACUGUAGCCAUUUUUUUUCGUCUCCUUUUGGCCCCAUAAGUCUUGUAUUUUUGACAACAGUCCCACUCCGACAGGAAACUUGCUGACUGAGAGGCUCUCCUGGGAGAUGGGCAGUAGCAUAACCUUGGGCAGGGGAAGGGCUGUUGACUUCCUAGGGAUGGAUACUGGCUAGAAGACUGCUGUUAACAACAUGGGAACUGUCACCUCUUUCGCUGGCAGCCCUGUUACACAGAAUAACUGAGCGGCCAGGGGCUCUACCUUCAGGAGAUGAUGCUGAGCUCAGAGCCUCAGUGGAAGUGCUGAUGUAUGGGCAGUGUCUGGACACAAGUACUUCACCUUAAAUAAUUGCUUCCCUGCAAAAUGGCUUUGUUUAAUUACUCAAGUUGGUAUUGAUUUAUUACAUGAUAAAACUGGUAGUACUUGGUAAAUCAAGGUGCAUAAUACCGGGGCUAUUUCUUAACCUGAGUAACUGUCACUGAAUUUUGGAUUAUAAGCCGGCUUGCAAAAUUCCGUUCCCAGUUAAAGUGGUUUUCUUUGAGAUACGCUAUGUCAGUAAUUCCACUUUGCCAUGUCACUGAGUCACUGCUGUGCAACCACACCACAUUAACAGGAAGCACAGAAGUUUUGGUUCGCCUGACCUGACUAGUCGCAAGACAUGGUUGGAUAUAUGUAGGUCACUAGAUAAAGUGACAGAGUCCCAUAAUAUGUGUGUGAUUUUACACUCUGAAUUUAAAAAAUGAGCCAUCUGUUGGAAGUGUUAAUAGCGGUGCCUUCGGUGGCAUGAGGCUGCGUGCAGCAAGAAUUCUCUUUUUUCCUGUCUGUGUAAUGGCUCCUACCAAUGUCUUAUUAAAACUUUUGUUUGUGCUUUACCGAUGGUGGCAGCAGUUGUCUGCAGAGGCAGGACCACUAGACUAACAUCUAUUGCACUUGCAUUGGCACUGGUUUUUGGGUGGGUUUUUUUUUGUUUGUUUUCAUAUUGAUCACUGAAUCCUCCCGGCACUGCAGUGGAAGUUACGAAAUCAGUGGUCCUGGGGUAGCAGUAAUAACUGUAGCAGUUGUAUAGUACGAUCUCGGCAUGUCUCUGGGUGGCUUCCUCUUGGAUCUUCACUACGUGAAUGUUUCUGAGGUGAGAAUAAUAUUAUUGAAACCAAGGAUUUUUUUUGUCCCAGAAUGUAAUUUAAAAUUGAGACCACAAUGAACUAUUAGUUCCCUUCCACUUAGAUUUUUUUAUGAUCUUUUAUGACAGAUCAUUUUUUAUGACAGGUUUGUGAUGUUUAUUAUAUAUAUCAUCUUAUACUUAGCAGACCCAGAAAUUAUGUAACAGAACCAAGUGAAGGUCAGAGACAAAGAUGUUUGUUGAAGUACCAGACAUACAAGCAAAAGUGUUACUGUCAGAGGAAAUGUGUUACUCACUGUGUAACAAAAGUGUUACUGUCAGGGUAGGUAGGUGAACUGCACAUCUUCUGCAAAAAGCCUUGAGUCAGCAGUGUCUGUACUGAGAUCUGACUCAAGAGUCUUUUCCAAAGUCAACUAAUACUCCCAGGCUAAGCAAUUUUAAUACUUCUCCUCCUUCUGCUAAAAGGUUCACAGUGUCUUACACAGCAUUAAACCUAUCAUGAAAAAAAGCAAAAAUGUAAUGGUCAAAUGCUGUAUGUCCUCUCCCAAUCUCUGUGUUGAUAUAAUUUCCUCCAUAGAAAAUUAAUCCCUUCUGCCAUUCCUAAUGAUCGUGCCCAGAAGACACUUACCUGUGUACUAGAAUGUUUCCAUAAUGAAUGGCUGAAUUACAGAAAAGCUUAUGUUCCGGUUUUGUAAAGAAUCAAUUUCCUUUGCUAGCAUUUUCAUUGCUGGGCAGAAAGCUGACUCUGGAGCUUGAGCUGAACUGAAACAUUUUUAAAGUCUGCUUUCAUCUUUUUAGGCUUGAAAGCCUAGGCAAAAGCAGAGAAGAACUGAGGUAAAACGCAAUGGGCUAGCUCACAAAUGAGCUGAAGCAAAAUGGGGAUGAGUGUAACCUGAAAGUUAAGGACGUUUCCAUAUGGAUUGCAUGUUUUAGGCAUUAUGUGACCUGUGGUCCAUUCAUACAGAUGUUUAAGGGAGGAGAAUUUAAUUGCCAGGUAAAAGAUCCAAGACAAUACACAAGCUCACUUUUCGAUAUGCCUACUCUUGACAAUGCUUCUAGCCUGGUGUCCGCUCCUGCGGAUAUUUCUAGUAAUGCAAUAUAAUCCAAGCUGAUCAUAAAUGUACUAAAGAAAAUUCCUGUGUGCCAGCACGCUGCUGCUGAUACGGAACAGCUGAACAUCAAAAUACAGUAUUGGUUAUUCACCUGUGGCCUCAUUCAAAGUAAGAAGGAAGUGUCUGUGGCUUUUGAGGCAGAUGUGAUGUAGAGUUCCAGUCCUCCUCAAAAAAUCCUCUGCCUUCAAUAUGGGUCAAAAGUCAUUGUCGAGAAUAUUCAACCACUAUGGUUUCUUAAUGAAUUAGGGAAACCCCGUGUAAUUACACUGUAAAAGUUUAUCGGCAAGGUCAGUGAUAUGAUAGACGUUUAACUCGUGGGACAGCAUCGGGAAGAAAAUACGAUCUGUGAACAAUUUCAAAAUUAAUUAUACUUAAAAAACAAUGCAGAGGAUACUUUAUAGAAGUUCAGAGGUCUUUGGUAGUUUUUAAUUAAAAUUAAAGCAUAGCAGGUAUGUUUUCUUGUAAGAUUUUAGUAUUUUAAGUACUGCUACUAGCCUUAAACAUUAAAAAUAACAUUAAACCUAGAAAAAUCCAUAAAAUUAAAAAGGGAAAACUUUUUUACCUCACAGUCUUCUACCACUCCCACCCCACCCCCAUCCACUCCCCCGCCACCUGAGCUUGGAGAGGUCUUUUUGGGGGUUCAUUUUUGUUUGUUUGUUUUCAAGAGAAUAUUGUUUUGUAAAGAAAAGUUUGGUACUAUCAUGUAUCAUAAGACAUCAAUAGUUCAGGCUCAAAGAGAAAUUACAAAAUUACCAGUUCCCGUAGCACGUGCUAGAUGUUAACACGGGAAAGUAAUAGUGAGAAAGGCUGCUUUUUCAGGACAUGUUCUUCAGACUUGCUUUUUCUACUUUAUUCUUUCUCCCUAGAGUAAGACCACCGGUGAUGGUUUCAGCCAGGGUACCACAUUUUAAAUUUAAUGCAGCUUUCCUAACACUGAUCUCUUCUGUCAGCUCUACAGUUCAGAGCAGCCUGUCUGGGGAGAGGUGUCUAAGUAAGCACUUCCCCGAGGUUCACCUUCAGUGCUUGUUUUUCAGAAGUUUAUAGUAUCUUCAUCUCAAGAAGAAAGAAUUUCAUCUUCAACUGUAGCAGAAAACCUCGGGAUUCCUUCCUCCCUCUCUAGACUUCAGCUGGGAACUGGAGUGGGAUCUAGCGGUAGCACAGGUUUUUAGUCCCAUCUUUCUAUAGGUUGCAAUGCUGGAUGUGUAUCUCCCAUCCAGGGUGUGGUGAGCUGGUCAAAAGAAGUGCUAACAGUGAUAGCUGGUCACAUCCUUGUUCAAUGCAAUCUUGUAACAGAAACAGCAGACCCUGGGAAUGGGAGGCGUAUCUCCACCUCCAAAGAAAUUCUCUUGACACGCUACGGGAAAUAAUGCAGCCAUGGCUGUGAUGCCACUUACUCAGUGGUACAUCCAGGACCAGCAGUCACCUGGUGGAAGGUGGUUGGGAAGAGGGCAGGAGUAGACUGGUGAGCACGGGAACCACACAAUCUGCUAAAAUUAGUUUCCAGAAAGAUUUUAAAUGUUCAUUUUUGGCCUGGACCAUACUCACAGCAAGCUAGAGGGAUGGAAUACGAGUUGUUACAACUCACAACUGCGAACAAAAGGUUAAAUAAUGCGAAGGCUUUAGGAAUGUAAUCAAAAAGGAUUUUGUGAAAUACAACUUAAUGAACUUACAAUAUGCAUUUCAGCAUUUCAAUGUUUGGAAAAUGAAGGUGAAUACUAGAGGCAGGGAGUAAACUGAACGAUUGAACAAAGCUUUUUUAAAGCCUUAGAAGAAGGACAUCAUGGCACAGCCAAAAAGUAGUAUGACUGAGAGAGGUGGCUAACAGUAUAGAUGGGGGAAAGAGAGCCUUAUCAAGUCUAACAACAUUUUCUUUGAAAAUAGGUAUUUCCCAGUGUAUGGUUUCCAAUACUAGAGAAGGCAGACAGAAGGGAUGCUGUGAUGACUGCAUAAAAGAGGGCAAAAGAGAGAUUCAACAUCUAAUUCCUCAUUCCUCUGCCUGAUGUUGCAUAAACGUCCAUCAGGCGGUGUGUGCAGCUUGGGAGCAGGGGGGCUCUUCGCAGCGGUUUGAACAGGUGAGAGUGGCAUAGCACUUACCCUGGUCAUGAACCCUUUCCAUGGGAUUGGAGCCGCAAGAAGAGGUCAGGCAAGCUGGACCCAUGUCUGACAAGAGUAAGUGACCAAAGGGGUGGAUAGGUGGGAUCUGCCAGAAGGGCAGAAAGACGGGGGAUCUGGACCAGGUAGGGUCUGGAUGCCUAUUCACAGCUUUUGUUCUGGGUUUGGGACUUGACUUCUGCUGGAUGAGCGGGUGGAGAAGUGCAAGAAACCUCAGUUAGAAGCAAACUUUGGUUAUCAGACUAUGUUUAACACCUAGAGAGGAGUUCACAGAAAGGCACUUUGGGGGAGGCCAAUCCUUUGAAACAGCCUCUCUGGAUUUCUCUCAGUUUGGUCUUCAGUGUCUGUCUUUUGGCUAAGUAUAAAUCAGCCUCCCAUAUUCUCAUUAUCCUGCUCCCCACUGGCCCUAUUAGCCCGGCAAAUGAAAAAUUUGUGGAAAAGGGUUUAUAAACAUGUUCUUGAAUAGCUUUGUGGUACAUUUGGGGUGUGAACUAGGUUGCUGACAUCCUGAGCCCAGACUUGCUUUCUGCUGUCUGUUGCAGUCAGGGUGCUGUUGGAGAACGGGCAUGGGAGUGGGUACCUGAGAGGGACGUGGAAAGGGACAUGUUGAUGAUGGCUCCAGGACAAGGGGGUGCAGCUUCAAGGGCACAGAGCUGGUGGGGCAGAUAUCUGAGGGCAACUGAGGCAGGACUGAGGCAUGAAGAGAUGAAUCUGUGCUGUGGAUGCAUCAGAGGAGGCUAAAGUGUAAAGCUGGUGCCUUUAACUGCUUCCCUUCAGGUAUAAGCACAAGAGCUGGGCGUUUCAGCUGACUGAAAGGGGCAAGGCUGAUCUUGGCUCUUGCACCAAGAACCUCAAUGAGAAGGGGUGAAGCCCAGCCCCAGGGAUGCCCCUGUUCACUCUCAGAGGCAGAGCUGGAGGCUUGGUUUUCCAGGUCUGAUUUCUGACAUUUGUCACCUGUGUGCCUUGUGGGUGUUAGAGAGCCAGGAGUUUGCAUUUCUACUGGUUUUGUGUCCUCAUGUAUUGCUGUCGACAGCUGGGCUGCAAAUGACUCUUUGAAGAGAGCACAGCUUCCCUUUAGCACCCUGCAUAAUAUCGCAGACUGAAGGUGCAGCACUGCCUUUGUGUUAGUAGAACAGGGUUGACAAGACGGAAAUCCCUUGGAUAUGUAAGUGCAUGACCACAGCUCUGGUCAUUACACCUGGUUACAGCCUGGAAUAUGGAUAAUUUUUUGGAAAAUGGGAAUUUGGAGAUCAGGGAUGUGAUAAAUGCAGUGUUGGUCCUACACACUUUCUGAUCUCUCAGAAAGGGCAGUGAUGGGCAAGUGGGCGGUGACUCCAGUGAGCCAUUGUGUAGGAAAGGGUAUUUGCAUCGCAGGAACCAUAGGCUGUCAGUGCUUCAAGUCUGGUGCAGUCUCUGACCACUUGUGCAUACCAGUCAGCAGCAGCAGUGCACCAGUCUACUACCACAGAAAAUGAACAAAAAUUUAUGUAAGUAGUAUUAUCUGCCAUCAAAUUGCCAAUCCAAUUAGUGUGUUACAAUCAGGACAGGAGGCACAAACCCAUAAACUUCUUGAACAUUUUUAUGCAAAAAGAAUUCAGGAUUCCUGCCCCAGUAAAAGCCCCUGCUUUUGCCUCGUAUUAAAAUCUGUUUUAUUUUAUAAGAAACUAAAGAUUAUAAUGGCCUUGAAGUUGUAGUUGUGGGUUUUGUAGUGGUUAAGUAGUUCUCAGAAGAGGAUACUGGAAAGUAAGAGACUUGCUGAUGUCAUUUUUAUUUUACCACCAGUACCCGAAAAAGAAAAAAAGCUGAGAAAGAUGUUGGUGGCCCUAUAUAAGGUGCAUCUCACCUCCUGCAGAGCACAUCAAGAAUCACAGCAAAGUGCUGAGUGCUGUACCUGCAACGUGCUGGGACGGACGAUUUUGGGUUGGGGGCCAUGGCAUCCAUGCAGACCUUGACCAAGAGCUUCUCAGGAUGGGUUGUCUUCUGCUGCUGUUGCUGUCUUCCUCUUCUUCUCACCAGCCCUCUGCCUCCAAAAAGGGCAGGGGUGGCUUCUACUGCCCAUCGUGCCUGCAGGCUCAGGAAGAUCAACUUCCAGCAGCCCUACAUCAGGAAUCGCACCUACACCUUGGCUAAAAUGGCUAGGGUCUUGGACCAGGACACGGACAACAGGCUCAUUGGGCAGCAACUCUAUGCUAACAUCAAGGAAACCAACCGCUGCUAUAUGAUGAAGACGAUUACGGAGAUUGUACUGAAAGAUGUCCUCCUCACUGAGGCCAAGGACCAGUACCCACACACUGAGGAGGUGGCACAGUUCUUGGCAUCCCUGACCUCAGAGCUGAGCAAAUGUGAAUUCUCAGGACACAGAGAGCACAUAGAAAAGAACCUGGAAGAAAUGAAGAGCAAAAUGAAACAGUUGGGAGAGAAUGGAAAGACUAAAGCCAUUGGAGAACUGGAUUUACUGUUUGACUACAUAGAGAAUGCCUGUACUGAUGCCCCAAAGAAGGGAGGGAAAAAGAUGAAAAACUGAAAGAAUUUCAGAUCCAGUUUGAAGACAUGUCUCUAAGAAACUCUUGCUGUGACCUGGACUGAUGUCCUAUUGCAGACGCCCCCCACCCUCCCCUCCCCUAGAUGCAGUAUAUUUUUCACUUGUGCCAGAAGUAGCAAAUUAAAUGGUCACAGGCAGGACACAUACUGCUGCUGCCUUUGAGAACGAAAACUCCAGGACAGUGUUUGCAGCUCCAUUUCAACAGGGGACGUUAGUUAUUUUCAAAGGCAUGCUCCUGUCCUCCUCACCUCCAUAGGAAUAAUGCAAUUGUUUCUGUAUUUUAUAUGCUGAGCUUUGACACCUAGGAGCCAGCUUUGCUCCAGGUAGGCAGCGGUACUGAGCCAGGGUGUUUGGAGCCUUUUACGUGAAAAUCUCUCUUGCAUAUGUUGCCCCCUUCUGACCUUUACCUGAAAAGCUGGUAUUUCAGACUAAUUCAGAGAGAAUUUUUGUCAUUCAUAUUUAUAUGGUAACUUAUUUUAAGGUAAUAAUUAUACAGUAAUUUUAUUUAUAGAGUUGAUUGAAAAAUAUCCAAGGAAAUGUAUUUAUGAAGCUGUAUCAGAGGCUUUUAAGUGAACUAUGAAAUUAGAAAGAAAAUGCUGUGUGAUAUUUAUAUGCAGAUGGAUUGUUUUAUAAAUGCUUACUC